AUGUCUCCUACAACAAUCGUAUCAGCGCCGGGAAAAGUUCUAGCAGCAGGAGGAUAUCUUGUCCUCGAUCAGCAAUAUCCAGGGGUAGUGAUCUCUACAUCUUCGCGAUUUUACACCGUUAUCCAGCCUUCGUCGGGUUCUGCGAAUCAGAUCGUGGUCAGAUCUCCCCAAUUUCAUCAGGCUGAGUGGAGAUAUACCGUGAACUACAAUGCUGCAGGCAUUCAGGUAAACCCACAAGAGGACAGUAUUGGGGGGAAGAAUAAAUUUGUUCAUCUGGCCCUCCAGCACACUUUGAAUCUCGUAUCGGAGAUUCAUUCUGUGGCCCAAGUGCAAGAGAGGCUUUCCAAUGGUCUCGAUAUAGCUGCUGUAGGCGAUAACGACUUCUACUCUCAGCGCGCGCAGCUGGAAUCGUUAGGUCUACCUAGAACGACGGAAUCCCUCUCGCAAAUCACCCCUUUUUGUCAUAACGGCGUGAAACUGACCGAUGUGCACAAAACCGGCAUGGGGUCCUCCGCCGCACUUAUCACGUCGCUCGUCUCUGCGCUGCUUCUUCACUUCGCAGCCAUAACUCAGACAGAUUUUGCCAACCUAGAAGGGGAUGGCAGACGCCUCGCCCACAACGCUUCUCAAUUUGUACAUUGCCUUGCCCAAGGCAAAGUAGGCAGCGGAUUUGACGUGUCUUCCGCGGUGUUCGGCAGCCAGAUUUACAGGCGAUUCAGCCCUGCUGUUUUGGACCCGCUGAUGAAAGGCGAAGUAUGUCAUUUUGCGACAGGCACAUUGAAGAACGUUCUGACUUCCAGUGCCUGGGACUAUAGUUUCCGGCCGAUUCAACUUCCCCCGUUAACCAGACUGGUCCUGGCUGACGUUGAAGCAGGGAGUGAUACACCUUCUUUGGUUGGCAAGGUGUUAAAAUGGAGAGCGCACGAAGACAGCUGUGAAACAGCGAAGGAUCUAUGGAUGCAGAUUGAUGAAUCAAACCAAUCCUUAGCACGGCAGUUGGAUGCCCUUUCGCAGUCAUAUGAUCAAGACAAAGAUGUAUACAAAGAGACCGUCAGACAACUUGUUUCUCUGCCUGCACGAGAAGUGAGUAGGUUCCUUUCCUGCACACCUUGUUCCUUAUUUAUCUCAAAAGCAUUUUAUAAUUUGCAUCAAACUACUCAGCAAAUACGUAACCUCAUGCGGAGAAUGGGCGACCUUGCUGGCGUUGAAAUUGAGCCUGAGCAACAAACCCACCUACUUGACCAGUCGAUCGAGCAAGCGGGCGUGGUCGGUGGUGGUGUACCAGGCGCUGGCGGAUAUGAUGCCAUAUGGCUACUAAUCUGCAGCCCGCCAAGUCUUCCGGACGAGCAGCAACCCUUGCGCCGAGUUGAAUCAGUAUGGAGCACCUUCGAUGAAUCCAAUGUGACCCCUCUUCUUGCUCAAGAAAGUGUCGCCAAAGGUGCUCGCGUUGUGCAGCUCGACGAAAUACCAGGGCUCAGAGAAGCAAUUCAACGGCAAUGA